AUGGACGGUGAGACUCUGAUUCAGAACGUGUCGGCACUGUGCAACAACACCAUUGUCGUCAUCCACUCUGUCGGACCUGUCCUUGUCAACAACUUCUACGACAACGAGAACAUCACUGCCAUUCUCUGGGCUGGUCUUCCCGGCCAAGAGUCUGGCAACGCCAUCGUCGACAUCCUCUACGGCCGCCACAACCCCGGUGGCAAGCUUCCCUUCACCAUUGGCAGCUCCCAGGAAGAGUACGGCCCCGAUGUCACUUACGAGCCCACCAACGGCCACGGCAGCCCCCAGGACAACUUCGACGAGGGUGUCUUCAUUGACUACCGCGCGUUUGACAAGAAGAACAUCACUCCUAUCUACGAGUUCGGUUUCGGUCUCUCCUACACCACCUUUGAGUACUCUAACAUCAGUGUCACAAAGGUGCCUGCUGGCGCAUACGAACCCACUACUGGUCAGACCAUCGCUGCCCCUACUCUUGGCAACUACAGCAGGAACAUUGAGGAGUACCAGUUCCCCGCCAACUUCACUCGUCCGGCCACCUUCAUCUACCCUUACCUGAACUCGACUGACCUUGCUGAGGCGUCGCAAGACCCUGAGUACGGUGUCGACUACACGUGGCCUGAAGGUUCCACUGAUGGCUCACCUCAGGCUCGCAUCGCCGCCGGUGGUGCUCCCGGUGGUAACCCUCAGCUGUGGGACGUCCUCUACACUGUUGAGGCCACCAUCACCAACAACGGCACCGUCGCUGGUGACGAAGUUGUUCAGUGCUACAUUGCUCUCGGUGGCCCUGAGGACCCUGUAGUCCAGCUCCGCGCCUUUGACCGUCUGAGCAUCCAGCCCGGUAUGAGCGCUACCUUCCACGCUGACAUCACCCGCCGUGACAUCAGCAACUGGGACGUCGCUGCCCAGAACUGGGUCAUCUCCGAGUACCCCAAGACGGUGUACGUCGGUGCCAGCUCGCGUAAGUUGUUGCUUACUGCUGAGAUGGACACAAGCGACUACACUUCUUAG